AUACUCAUCACGUAAAGGCACGUUCUCCUAUCAGGCGUAUGUGAUUGGCUGACAGGUGGGCGGGCACCGGGCUGCUGACUAAUCGGUAAAUGAUAUCGAGGAGAAGCCUCGGUUAACGGACGUUAGUUAGAUUACGUAACAGCGAACCGAACGAAGGUUUCUAAGCAACGUCAAAACGUCCUCUUUAAUAUUCACGAGGUCCUCCGUGGCAAUAGUAGGAGUCGUGUUCUCGAGCAGCAGCACAAUCAUGAAGCGGGAUGGAGGCGACCGGCGGCUCUUCUGUGUAGUUGUCUCGUGCUGGUUUACGUCAUUACCCGACUAUUAGUUCUUUCCCUCAUUUACACGCUAUUGCUAUGACAGGAGACGCGUUCGUGUGGAUUAAAGCGCGUGUUUUUGUGUCUGAGGAGCGGGAUCAAUGACGGACACGCGCAGUCUCGUCGGUACCCGUGAAGAUCUAUAUGAAGCUCUUGAAGACGAUGGCCAGCGAACCGCUCGAGGGUUUUCACGAGGUGAACCUGGCGUCACCCACCACCCCGGACCUUCAUGGUGUCACAGACCCCGGCCCGCCGAAACACAACGCCCCGCCCAGCAGCCUGUACCGCACACACUCGCUGAGCUCCGGGCACUGCGUCCAGAACGCACUCUGGGCCGAUCAGCUGCCCACCCAGCCCGUUUACUCCACCCCCCGACACCUCGGCGCUGAAGAGACGCACGAUGACAGUGGAGCGGAUCAGGGGGACGCGGUGGAGCCGUCGGCAUACGCUGAAGAUCAUCUGAACGUCAGUGCUGACAGUCUGAGUCGUCUCAGAAGUCCAUCCGUCAUGGAGGUGAAGGGCUGCGAGAAGCUGAAGGAGGAACUGGCCAAAGCACAACGGGAGCUUAAGUUAAAAGACGAGGAGUGUGAGAGACUCUCUAAAGUGAGAGAUCAGCUGGGACAAGAGCUUGAAGAACUCACUGCUAGUCUCUUUCAGGAGGCUCAUAAGAUGGUUCACGAGGCAAACGUCAAGCAGAGCACUGCAGAGAAACAGCUGAAGGAGGCGCUGGGGAAGAUCGACGUUCUUCAAGCUGAGGUGGCGGCUCUCAAGACUCUGGUUCUGUCCUCGUCUCCCACCUCGCCCUGUAAAGAGAUGCCCCCCGGACCCUUUAAGAAAGGUCACGCUCGUAACAAGAGCACCAGCAGCGCUAUGAUGGGCAGUCAGCAGGAGACGGGCGUCCCGCAGCAUCUUCUACAGCAGGAGGUGGACUCCUCGCUCUUCAUGGAGUUCAGAACGUGGAAAGAAGAGCCCACUUUGGAGAAAAGCUGCUGUUUUCUGGAGCGGAUCUACAGAGAAGAUAUUUAUCCAUGUUUGAACUUCUCCAAGAGCGAGCUGGGCUCGGCCAUUCUGUCAGCGGUGGAGCAGAACACACUGAGCGUUGAGCCGGUGGGAUUUCAGCCUCUGCCGGUGGUCAAAGCGUCUGCAGUGGAGUGCGGAGGACCCAAGAAAUGUGCUCUUUGUGGCCAGAGCAAAAGCUGUAAACACCGGAUCAAGUUCAGUGACUCCAGUAACUAUUAUUACGUCUCUCCGUUCUGUCGAUACCGGAUCACUUCUGUCUGUAACUUCUUCACCUACAUUAGAUAUAUUGUUCAAGGACUGGUGAAACAGCAGGAUGCAGAGCAGAUGUUCUGGGAAGUCAUACAGCUUCGCAAGGAGAUGUCCAACGCCAAGCUGGGUUACUUCAGAGAUGAGCUGUAAAUCCAGAAAAUCCACUCGAUAGACUGAAGAUCAUCUCCAGAACAUCAACUCAAUACACUGAAGAUCAUCUCCAGAACAUCCACUCUAUACACUGAAGAUCAUCUCCAGAACAUCCACUCAAUACACUGAAGAUCAUCUCCAGAACAUCCACUCGAUACACUGAAGAUCAUCUCCAGAACAUCAACUCAAUACACUGAAGAUCAUCUCCAGAACAUCCACUCUAUACACUGAAGAUCAUCUCCAGAACAUCCACUCUAUACACUGAAGAUCAUCUCCAUAACAUCCACUCUAUACACUGAAGAUCAUCUCCAGAACAUCCACUCGAUACACUGAAGAUCAUCUCCAGAACAUCCACUCGAUACACUGAAGAUCUUCUCCAGAACAUCCACUCGAUACACUGAAGAUCAUCUCCAGAACAUCCACUCGAUACACUGAAGAUCAUCUCCAGAACAUCCACUCGAUACACUGAAGAUCAUCUCCAGAACAUCCACUCUAUACACUGAAGAUCAUCUCCAGAACAUCCACUCUAUACACUGAAGAUCAUCUCAAGAACAUCCACUCGAUAGACUGAAGAUCAUCUCCAGAACAUCCACUCUAUACACUGAAGAUCAUCUCCAGAACAUCCACUCGAUACACUGAAGAUCAUCUCCAGAACAUCCACUCGAUACACUGAAGAUCAUCUCCAGAACAUCCACUCUAUACACUGAAGAUCAUCUCCAGAACAUCCACUCUAUACACUGAAGAUCAUCUCCAGAACAUCCACUCGAUACACUGAAGAUCAUCUCCAGAACAUCCACUCGAUACACUGAAGAUCAUCUCCAGAACAUCCACUCGAUACACUGAAGAUCAUCUCCAGAACAUCCACUCUAUACACUGAAGAUCAUCUCCAGAACAUCCACUCAAUACACUGAAGAUCAUCUCCAGAACAUCCACUCUAUACACUGAAGAUCAUCUCCAGAACAUCCACUCGAUACACUGAAGAUCAUCUCCAGAACAUCCACUCUAUACACUGAAGAUCAUCUCCAGAACAUCCACUCUAUACACUGAAGAUCAUCUCCAGAACAUCCACUCGAUACACUGAAGAUCAUCUCCAGAACAUCCACUCUAUACACUGAAGAUCAUCUCCAGAACAUCCACUCGAUACACUGAAGAUCAUCUCCAGAACAUCCACUCGAUACACUGAAGAUCAUCUCCAGAACAUCCACUCGAUACACCGAAGAUCAUCUCCAGAACAUCCACUCUAUACACCGAAGAUCAUCUCCAGAACAUCCACUCGAUACACUGAAGAUCAUCUCCAGAACAUCCACUCGAUACACUGAAGAUCAUCUCCAGAACAUCCACUCCAUACACUGAAGAUCAUCUCCAGAACAUCCACUCCAUACACUGAAGAUCAUCUCCAGAACAUCCACUCGAUACACUGAAGAUCAUCUCCAGAACAUCCACUCGAUACACUGAAGAUCAUCUCCAGAACAUCCACUCGAUACACUGAAGAUCAUCUCCAGAACAUCCACUCGAUACACUGAAGAUCAUCUCCAGAACAUCCACUCGAUACACUGAAGAUCAUCUCCAGAACAUCCACUCGAUACACCGAAGAUCAUCUCCAGAACAUCCACUCGAUACACUGAAGAUCAUCUCCAGAACAUCCACUCGAUACACUGAAGAUCAUCUCCAGAACAUCCACUCGAUACACUGAAGAUCAUCUCCAGAACAUCCACUCGAUACACUGAAGAUCAUCUCCAGAACAUCCACUCUAUACACUGAAGAUCAUCUCCAGAACAUCCACUCUAUACACUGAAGAUCAUCUCCUGAACAUCCACUCUAUACACCGAAUCCUUUCUGAUGUCUGAAGAAAUUGAGAAAUUAAUCUUUGAAACUCUUUUAGUUUGAACUCUUGUAGCGUGUUGUGUUGUUGUGUUUGUAUAUCUAGAAAGUUCUGUGUGUGUGUUCAUGAAUCUCAUCCGAUGUAUAAACUCUGUUUUAAUUUGAGUGCCUUUCUGAAAUAAAAAUGUUCUUCACCUGAAGAUGACGAUGACA